AUGGCUUCCGAGGCUCCUCGACAAUACGUUCCCCUCACCUGUCACGGCCACUCGCGUCCUGUCCCCCACAUCAACUUCUCCUCCCUUACCAAAGAUGAGAACUACUACAUGAUCUCCGCCUGUAAAGAUGGGAACCCCAUGCUCCGAGACGGCAAGACUGGCGACUGGAUAGGUACGUUCAUCGGUCACAAGGGAGCAGUCUGGCAGGCCAAGCUUAGCCCCGAUGCCGCCACCGCUGCCACUGCCUCUGCAGACUUCACGGCCAAGAUCUGGGAUACCCACACCGGCGAGCUGCUCUACACCUUGCAACAUGACCACAUAGUACGUGCUCUUGCAUAUCCUUCGCAUGCUUCCGACAUGGUGGCCACCGGUGGCUUCGAGAAGAAGCUCCGCAUCUUUGAUCUCGCCGAGAUCCGGCCUCAGGCUGCCUCCCCUGCCGUCCCGAAUGCGCCCGCCGACCCCGUCACCAUCACUAGCAACAUGGCCUUUGAGAUUGGCGAGGGUGUCCACACCGACUCGAUCAAGUGCGUCGUCUGGACCAAAGACCCGACUACCCUCAUCACCGCCUCGGGCAAGACCCUGCGCUGGUUCGACAUUGCCUCGCGCAGCUGCAUCAAGACCGUCGAUCUGGACGGAGAGAUCAAGUCGUGUGAGCUCGUGUCGCUUGCGCCCCAGUAUAGCUCUCCUUCCGACAUUGGUGGCGGCCUUCCCGUCCUGGCAGUCGCUGCCGGCAAGACGGUCUCUUUCUGGGGUGGCGACCUCAACGACACCGAGAUCAAGCGGUUCGACCUCGCCCACGGCGUUGCCAGCGUUGGCCUUGAUGUCAAGGGCAACAAAUUCGUCGUCGGAGAGGAGCCCGGAACAUGGGUGCGAGUCUACUCCUGGGACGAUGGCAGAGAGCUCGAUGUGCUCAAGGGUCACCAUGGCCCGGUCUGGUCUGUGGCCUUUUCUCCUGACGGUAAGCUGUACGCUACCGGCUCCGAAGACGGCACCAUCAAGAUGUGGAAGAACUGCGAGGGUUUCUACGGUCUGUGGAGGGGCGGCGCCAACACUGUCCCUGAGCGGAACGCCGACUAUAAGGGCAGGCUGAGCCGUGAUGCCAGACCAGCGUCGUCUCGUGGUGGCCAGAGCGGCCUCUCUGGGGAGAGUUACCAGAUGAUCUCGGCCUCGGAAUGCUCGGCUGCAAGCGACUGUCGCCAGGGCACUGAGUCGAGCUCAGCUUCUGACGCUGUAAUCAUUGUCAAGCAUCCCAACUCCCGGUCGCCGGGCCAGGGCCAGGCCCAGGCCCGCCACGAGGCUAGGUCGGAGUCGGCCGUCGCCUUGGAGUCCCUCGACGUCCCCAAGCAGUCCAACACGCGACCUCAAACGCGUGCCGAAGGGAUGCUCAGCCCUGGCGAUCUGAAGAAGCAACUUUUCCUGCAGAAGCUAGAGCGUCGGGGGCUUUCUUUCAGUGACCCCAACCCGCGUAGCGCCCCGGAAUAG